GCCCCCCACACGCCGUCCGUGAGUCGCGACCAACGCACAAGCGCCUCACGCGCUCGCCUUCGCCGAGUUCUUCAUCUGGAUGAAGACCUGGCGCAUGCGCGACGUGUCGCCCGCCGCGGCGACCGCGUCGGCCUGCAAAUCGACCAAACUGACGACGCGCUCCCACGGGUUCGGCGACUCGUUGUCCGCCGCCAUCUGCUCCAUUUUCACUUGUUCCUUCUCCCUAUUGGCCUGCAUGCGGCCCUGGAAGGUCGUUUGGCGCUCGGUCUCGAGCUGCGCGAGUGCUGUUUUUGCCUCGGCCUGGUUUUUCGUCACCAAAGCGGCCUCGUCGUCCCUCCUCUUAUUCACGGCCGCAUCGAAGGCCGCCAUCUUCUCCUGAUCAAGACCGACGCCCAUGUCUGCGGGCGAGGGCAUGGCGCCGUCCUCGACGGGGGCGUCCAUGAGGUCCAUGGCGCCGCGACCGGUCGUCGAGGUCGAUGCUAUGGAACUGUGGGGUGGUGGCUGGGGGUUGCUCGUCACACACGGAUGCGAAGCAGCACUGGAUGUGAAGCAGCAACUACUCCUCAGUUGCUGGGCAGCCUUGGUGCUUCGACGGGACCUGGGAUGCGCCGAUGGAAAUUUAAUAAUCACUAG